AUGGACAGUCACGAGCCGACACCCCCGGUGUCAGACGCCUUACGCUCAACCGCCGUUCCUAUCGCACAGCUCGAGGCCGACAGCUCGGAAAAGAGGUCUAUCCAUGCGACUGUAACGCUUUUAUGGCCCUAUUCUUCGUCCAGCAAGUCCUUCAGCCUUCUGCUCGCCGAGCCCGACUUCCGUCUCCGACGCUCGAAUGGACAGGUGAAGGUCUUCUUCCACGGCCGUGCGGCGGAGCAGGUCGCCCAGUCACAGGUUGGAAUCGGGGACAGUGUCUAUCUUAGCCUGGCUGGGUCGAGAUUUGUGAAAAAUGAUGCGACACAGACGCCCGGAAAAGGUGUCUCGUCGGAUGUGCACUUCGAUAAUUAUGUGCUUCUUGAGGUCUGGCGGGACUCGAAGCUACUAUCCACUGUUGAAGUCGAACGCUCAUCCCCCCAACCUCCGACUCCCGAUGAUGGCAUGCUGGCCGUUCCAUCGACCCCCGCUGCAAAUGGCUACACACAAGAUUCAGGUCCGCUAGGCUCAAACGCGUGGCAGUCACCGGCCUUUCUGGGAAGAUCUCGGAUGUCCUUUGGAAUCUCCGACACCGCGUUCGAUCAUUUUGCGGAAGAGGACGGGUACAUUCCGGGGAAGGGGAGGAAACGGCCUAGGUUUAGCAUGCGAGCCAACGAGUGGCGUGUGAUCGAUGAGCCUGAAAGUCCUGGGGAGAAAGAUUUACCGGAGGAUUGGAUGGCAAUAUUCGAUGAAGGUCUAGCGGAAGAGCCAGAUGUUGAUGGGGAUAGUAUUGGUGAACAAAUGGAGGCGGCCAAUAUCCCGUCCGAGCCAGAAGAUGGAGCGACAGUCACUCAUACCUCAGAAGCCAAUGUUUUCCCUAUGGAAACCCGAGUGGAGGCUUCAGAAACAAAUACGGAGCAACUGCCUGACCGGGAAAAUGAUGAUACGCAUUUUCUCCAUCCCAACACCCCUUUACGAACCGGAACCCCGGACGUCGUCAAACAGAAUAUCCCAGCCUAUUCCUCUAAUCUCCCAACAGAUACCCCACGCUUGCAUCCGAUUCCCUCCCCUGGACUUCCUCUUCCUUCUCCCCUUGUAACCACUCCCAACAAUACCAGCGGGCGUGUUUCUUCAGCUACUCACAAUGUGGCGGCUCCAACUACAGCUCCACCACCCGAGCCGACUAGCUUCGGCCUGCCUCACGUGCCAACUGUUGUCGAAGAAAUUCAAGCCGGUGGACGUGAUGAUUUGGCUCCUGCAUCCACUGACAAGGUCGGCCUUGUCCCGGAGCCGACCCCCUCGGCACAUGAAGUUCAACGAAGCUCUCAAAGUCCGAAGUUUGAAUCCACUAUGGAUACAGAUGCAAUGGAUAAAGAGGAGCCUUCGAAUAUCGCCGAGACGGAUGCUGUCGAAGCAGGCUCGAUUGAGCGAGGUCAUCCUGAUGAGCAAGAGGAAUCCUUGACAGAGCCUGAAGGUGAAGAAGUAGAAAACCCUUGUUCUCCAUCAGCUGCAGUGGUAGUAAAGGAUGAGUAUGAGGACUCUGAGGGCAGUGAGUCAGAGUCAGACCAAGAGGACCAGGUGUCCGUAGAGGCUAGCGAGAAAAUGUCUGAAACCAGUGACUAUGCUGAGAUUUCAAGAACACCUAGGAAUGCUAGCGGACACAUUAUUCAGAGCGAGUCCUCCCCAUCAGUGGAAUCUCGAGAUGAUUCCAAGGAACGUGGCAACUAUGACGAGUACGACGAAAUGGAAGAGGACGGAAGCGACGAAGAGCGAUAUGAAGAAGGGUACGACGAUGAAGAGCCGGAGAGCAGGCUUGAGCGCAUGUAUGAUGACUCCGAAUCUGAAAUAGAAUCAGAAUACAGUGGGUCUGAAGAACAAAUUCGAUCGCGUUUUAGCCCAAGAACCGUGGAACCUGAGGUCAUUGUUUUAGAUAGCGACAGCGAAGAUGAACCCCCUACUAGGCCUUCGGUGAAUGUUCCUCGAGGCUCAACACGAGAAAUUGACGAGGUGUCAGAUGAGAGCUACUACUAUUCGAAAGCUGAGAGAUAUUCUGCGGACGAAAUGGAGGAUUCAGAAAGCGAAGAUGAAGCAUCGGAAGCCGAGGGUGAGGAAGAGAGCGAAGAAGAAGAAGAAGAAGAGGAGGAGGAGGAGGAGGAGAUGACGUACGAGGAAGCUCGACCCGACGACGGGCUUGUGGAGGAUGAAGGGAUAGUUCACGAGGGACAUCAUGGACCUGAGCAGAUGGACGAGGAAUCAUAUGUGGAACAACCAGUGGAAGGCCAUGAUGAGCCCAUGCAAGAACAACCUCACUGGGACAUGGAGGCUAGUCCUCCAACAUUGCCUAAAACCCUCCACCCGGCACCGUCUCGCAAUAUCUCGGAGUCUUAUGAGAUUGCUGAGGAAUCCCAAGAACCCUCUUCUUAUAAUCCUGACAAAGACCUUGACGUUGUUGUGUACACAUCAACAAACACACGAUCUGUUGAAAAAUCUUAUGUUGGCAGUGGCUCCGAGCCGCAUACUUACGACAUGGCAAUUGACCCUAAAUUAUACGAAACUCGGGCCUUUGAAGGCAACACUGAUAGCGUUGAUGAGAGCAUGAACGACGGACAUCACCAUCACGACGAACGUCCGGUUCCUGUUGAGGAUGAACCAACAACAGGCAGCGAGGCCCUAGGGAAUGCCCACAGGGUAGCCCUUGCCUUUCAACUUGAUGGCGCUGCCGCGUUGCCGAUAAUAUCUCGACCUCUUGAGGAUUCUCCCGAGGCGUCAAUCCGUCAACCCGCUCAGCAACCGGUAACCCCGGACGCGUCGCAAAUCACUGAAACUGAGCCGGUUCAUCCUUCUAUCAAAGCUCCUGCCGACGCACCGCCCACUCCCGAACCCACGCAGAAUAUAACAGAGUCGCUAGUAGUAACAGAAGAUGAAUCUUCUUCAAUUGCCGUAACGAUCAAAUCAGCGAAGAGUCCGGACGAGACCGAAGAUGACACAAAACACGGAAUCGAAGGUGAUUUGGUUGUCGAAAGCACAGAGAACCCCGCGUCACUCAAUGAGGACUGGAUUCUGCAAGCCAGCAUUGAGCUUGAUGACAAACCAGAGGAGAUCAUCAACAGGGGUCGAGUGGCUUCAGUAGACCGCCAUUAUCCUGGUUUGCGAAGCAGGCUCUCUUAUUUUGCCCCUCUUGCCACGCUGGUUGAUCACUAUAAUGCCUUGGUCGAUACAAUCUCAGUGGCCACCGAAGUCCGCCCGCCAGUCCGGGCUGCGUCGGGGAAAAAGGACUUUAUUCUUACUCUCCAGCUGACGGAUCCAUCCAUGGCCGGCACUACCGUUUCUGCUCAGAUCCUGCGGCCCUACAAGUCAGCAUUGCCGUCUCUUGCUGAAGGAGACGCUAUUUUACUACGAAACUUCCGAGUCAAAACCUUGGACCACUCCGUGAUGCUCCUCAGCGACAGCACAAGUGCCUGGGCGGUUUUCACAACGGCCACCGGAACCCCCCAAGUCAACGGCCCCCCUGUUGAAUACGGAUCGGAAGAAGAAUCAUUCGCUACGGACUUGCGCCAAUGGUAUCAGGAAGGCGGGAUGGCCAUGGUGGCAGAUAACCAGCUCCAAGCAUCGGUGGAACAGGAAAGCAGGGGUCCGACCCCAGUUAGCAGUGCGGCGCCGAGCGACGCAGGAAGCGUCGAUUCAGCGGCCCGCGAAGCCCGCGGUGACACGUCGACAUCUAGCCGGGGUUCGCGCCGGAGGAAGUCUCAUCGCAGAGUCACCAUCCAUGAACUGAGAGACGGAAGGCGGUAUGCGGAGGUUGGUUCGCCUCCUGGUAAGGAGGGUAUACAUGAGCUUCGCGAUGGAACGGUGUACGCGAAUCUUUGA